UCAUGGCGAAGAUACGUACCUAGAACAUCAUUUCAUCAAACAUAUUGAAUGCAGUCACAUCAUGUCUUUGUCCAAGAGCUAUACUUCUACACCAGAAACAACAAACACUGCUCGACUGGCGAGGCUUUUACUGGGUCCAUGUACCGAUGUGUUACGUGACAUUCUAAAGUCUGAAGUAAAACCAUCAGAUUUGUCCAGAAAAGUUAAAGAAUUCAUAGAUAACCUUCCAAAUAGACAAAGAAAUCCCCUCAACAAAACACAGUCCGAGAUUAUUUUCCCCAAACUACCAAAACAAUACAGUGGUGAUUAUUCAGACUUAGACAUAUCUUUAUUGUAUUUACUUCUUCGCAAUGUAAGUAAAAUAGCACCACAUUCUAAAGGUUGGGGAGAAAUUCCGAAUCCCGGAGACAGAAGUGUGGCAGCCAACAUUGAAAGAAUUCGCCUCAUUAGAAACCAGUAUUACGGACAUUCAGCUGAUCUGUCCCUAUCUGAGUCAGAAUUUAGACAAGAAUGGUGGAACAUCUGCGACAUUGUAGUGGAACUAGAGGGACACCUUGGAGCCGCAACGGUUUAUCAGGAUGCAGUCAACAUGAUAAAAACCUGCUCCAUGGACCCAGAGCAAGAGAAGAAAUACAUAGAUUUACUUGGAGAUAUCAGAGAACUUCAUACAACUGUGGAUGAUCUUAAAAGUAAUAUGCGGAUUAUGCAAAGAAAUUUGGUGCUCCAUGAUCCAAGACUUGCAAGACAGAUAGAAACAACUAAGAAAAUGAUACAAAAACAUUAUGAAGCUGUUAGUCAUCUAUUCGUGAAAACUCGUUCGUAUGUAAGAGCGAAGGAACUGUUGGACAAUAACGGUUAUGUCGUCAUCAAGGGAAACCCCGGGACUGGAAAAACCACGAUCGCCAAGAUGUUGAUGAAAGAAUUGAUGGAUGAGGGGAAUUCUCCUCUUCAGCUUUACAAGUUCACAGACUUGUAUGAAAGCAUAUCACCGGAUGAUAAUAUAGUGGUAUUUAUUGACAAUUUAUUUGGAGAGUUUACUUUAUACAACGAUGACGUUCACGAAUGUAAAGCUAGAGCAGAUAUGACAAAGGUUUUAAUUGAAAAAGAUAUUGAUAAUAAAUCUAACAGAUUGAUAUUUACACUUCGAAAUGAUAUAUAUCAGGAAUGUAUACAAAACGAGUGCGAUAACGAUUUUUUGAUGUCGUCCCUGGUUGACCUAUCAAGCAAGGAAAAUGCAUUGCUCAUGGACGAGAUCCUGCAGCUAUCAGAAAAGUAUGAACUAUCUGAAUACAUAAAAGACAAAAAGCUCAUCUAUAAAAUAUCUGAAAUGCCACUUGCUAUAGGGUUUCCACAAUGUUGUAAAUUGGCAAGAGGCAAUGAAAAUUUUAAACAAAACGUUAUUGCAUUUUUACCAAAUGCAAUGACGUUUAUGAGAGACUACUUCAAAACCUUAUUGAAAAAAAGAACUGCAAAAACCGCUGUUUUAGUGUAUCUUCUUCUGAAAGGAGGAAAAGUAGAAGUCGAAUUAAUUCAUAAUCCCCGACUGGAUUUAGAGCUGAAGCGCGACUCCUUAGAAUUUGCAGGUCUGCAAAACUCGCAUGUUAACGAUUUCCAAGACAAUAUUUUGUGUUUUGAAGGUUUUUUAAUAACUCAUGACAUGAUAGAAAAUAUUUAUAAGUUUGCCCAUAGUUCAGUACAAGAAUCUAUUUUCAGUGUCUUGUUUAUAUCAAAUCCUGAAAAAAUGAUCCAAAUGUGUUUUCCGUCCUUACUUAUGACAUUGACCACAUGUAAAAACCCCAAAAGUACACAAGUCUACAUAGAACAAGGAUUGUUUAAAUAUGUUGCCCGCCGCAUUGCAAAUAUUAUUGAAGAAGGCUAUGUAAUUGGAUAUUCUUCCAUAUCAUCACUGGAUUUAUGGAAUGAUUCGAACUUCCAUGAGCACGUAUUACAAUCUGAAGAAUGCACUUCAAAGUUUAAAACAUGUCAUGAUAAAAAGGGAGAUUCAAUGAUAGUGCAUUUUUCGAAGGUAGGGAAUAAGCGGUGGGUUGAAUAUUUACUUCCACAUUCAGACAAAAGAACAAAAUACAGAUCACUCAACGCCGCUUGCUCAAAAAAUCAACCCGAUAUUGUUAAUCUCAUUUUGUCAUCAGAUGUGGAAUGUGAUCUUCAAACGUGUUUUAAUGCUGUACAAAGUGGCAAUAUAGAGUUAUUGCUCCGAGUUUGUGAACUUGUUGAUCUUCACCAGAUUUCAUCUUCUUUACACCCAGUCUGGAAAAAUAUAAAGCAUAGUUUACUCCAGGAAAUCUGCUUUAUGCAACAAACACAAUUAAUGGAACAAGUUCUAUCAAAGUAUCCAUUCCUUGUAGAUAUAAAAAAUGAGCAAGGUUCCAAUGUAUUACAGUCUGCAGCAAAUUCUGGAGAUAAAAAUGCAUUCAAUCUUCUAUUAAAGUUUGGCUGUGAUCCAUAUGAAAAAGAUCGAGACAAUGGUCACACGGUUCUUACUUGUGCUUGUCAGGAUGGUAGGCUUAACAUGGUCAAAUAUCUUGUUGAGACAUAUCCCGCAUUACUCCAGGAACACACAGAUAUUCGUGGAAAAAGUCUUUUGCAUUGGGCAGCUUUCAGUGGGAAUAUAGAUAUGUUUGAAUAUAUGCUAAACCUCUUUGAGAAUGAAAAUAUAUUACAUAUAUCAAGUGACAAUAAACCAAAGGAAUAUAAAUCAGAUAAUACGGGUGAAUCUAUCCUGCAUGCUGCAUGCAAAAAUGGACAUUUUGAUAUGUGUAAAUAUCUGUUAAACAGAUACCCACAAUUACUGAAUGUUAGUGACAAUGAUGGUAAAAAUAUUCUCCAUUACACAGCCCUAGGUGGCAACAUAUAUCUUUUUAAGUACUUAAUUGAGAAUUAUCCCCAUCUAUUAGACGUCAAAGACAAAUCUAGAAACACAGUGUUGCAUGAUGCAGCCUGGGGAGGCAAUGUUCAAAUAGUAAAACUAUUGAUUGAGAAAAAAUUAGACAUCAAUGCCCUACAGGGAAAGGGUGAAACAAUUUUACAUCAGUGCUGUCGUUCUGGUAAAAUGGAGAUGUGUGAGUUUUUGGUUAAUCAUUAUCCUGAUUUAUUGGAGAUAAAGGACAGUAGAGGAUUGACAGCGUUACAUUCAGCUUGCUGUGAGAGAGGGAUUGUGGAAAUUGUGAUUUUUCUGAUUGAAAAAGGGAUCGACAUUAAUAACUUGUCAAAUAAUGGCAAAGGUGUUCUGCAUAUAGCUUGUCUCAAUGGGAAGUUUGGAGUUUGUGAGUACUUAGUUGAGAAUUAUCCUCAUAUGUUAGAUGUGAGGGACAAAUCUAGUAACACAGUGUUGCACGAUGCAGCUUGGGGAGGCAAUGUCCAAAUAGUAAAACUAUUGAUUGAAAAAAAGAUGGACAUCAAUGCCCUACAAGGAGAUGGUGAAACAAUUUUACAUCUAUGCUGUCGCUCGGGUAACAUGGAGAUGUGUGAGCAUUUGGUCAAUCGUUUUCCAGAUUUAUUAACGAUAUGGGACAAUGACGAGUGGACAGCGUUACAUUCAGCUUGUAAUGGAGGAAGUGUUGAAAUUGUUUCUUUCCUUAUAGAAAAAGGGAUGGAUUUCAAUGCCUUAUCAAAAAAUGGUAAAACUAUCUUGCAUAUAGCCUGUCUCAAUGGGAAGUUUGAAGUUUGUGUGUACUUAGUUGAGAAAUAUCCCCAUCUAUUAGACUUCAAAGAUAAAUCUAGUAACUCAGUAUUGCAUGAUGCAGCCUGGGUAGGCAAUGUUGAAUUAGUAAAACUGUUGAUUGAGAAAAAGAUGGACAUCAAUGCCCUACAGGGAGAUGGUGAAACAAUUUUACAUCUAUGCUGUCGUUCUGGUGAAAUGGAGAUGUGUGAGCAUUUGGUCAAUCAUUUUCCAGAUUUAUUGGUGAUAAAGGACACUGAAGGGAUGACAGUAUUACAUUCAGCUUGUAGGGGAGGAAGUGUUGAAAUCGUGACUUUUCUGAUAGAAAAUGGAUUGGACUUAAAUGCCGUGUCAAGUGAUGGAAAAAAUAUUCUGCAUCUAGCUUGUCUCAGUGAGAAGUUUGAAGUUUGUGAGUUUUUAGUUGAGAUCUGUCCCCAUUUAUUAGAUCUAGGGGACAGUUGUGGUAAGACAGUGUUGCACGAUGCAGCCUGGGGAGGCAAUGUUAAAAUAGUAAAACUAUUAAUUGAGAAAUAUAUGGACAUUUAUACACUACUGGAUGAUUGUGAAACAAUUUUACAUCAAUGCCGUCGUUCUGGUAAAAUUGAGAUGUGUGAAUAUUUGAUGGAUCAUUUUUCAGAUUUAUUGUCGAUAAGGGACAACUAUGGAUGGACAGAAUCGCAAAAAAUGAAUAUAAAACUUUUUUAAUUUACCAGGGGGCAAACUUCAAUUCUUUGUGAAAUGGUGUUGAAAUUAUAAAUUGUUUGUCUGAAUGAUAUACAUGAAGUUUGUUCGUAUUAUUAAAAACAACACUCAUACUUUAUAAACGUCAAGGAUGAUCAAGGUAAAUCAUUUUAAAUACAUUACAUAAAUUACGUCUUGGCAUGAAGACAGCUAUGAUUCAAUGGUACAAAAAAGUCUCAGAAAACUGAAUUUGCAUCUUUUGCUAAUGUUUAUGAAAGAAAUACCGAGAGACAUUCUUCAAGAACGCGUUUCCCCAAAAUUAAACAGAUAAAAAUGGUUUAAGAAUAUUUCAGUCACAUUGUAUAUGGGUCCUUUUCUCUCCUCAUGCAUUCUGUAAACAGAAAAAAAAACAUAAUGUGUAUAUUGUAGAUAUCAAUAAUUUAUGAAUCGAAUGUUGAGAAUCUUUCGUAGAGAUCUUAUUUGCUUAACAUGGUAAACAUGUAAGUUGAUUUUCUACUCUCCCCAUGCAUGUAUAAGAAAAAAAUAUUCAUUUCUAAGAGACGAAGAAAGCGAAAAGUGAUUAACUUUUUCAAUGCAAUAUGCAAAACAAAUCAGGAUUAAGAACAUGGACCCCUGAAAACACAAGCUUAAUUAGAUGCAUAAUUGAUGAUAGAAGCAAGAUAAUCCUGAAUCGUGGUAAUUUUUCAUGUCACUUUUUCAUGCUGUUUUUUUUAACGGUCUUUGUAUAUUAUAUUUAUCUUUCCAUAGUUCAUGUACAUUUUUACUGUAAAGAUUUUUAUAAAUUACAUUUAUCGGUUUACUUCUUUACUAGCAUUAUAUAAAUUUUGCAGAGAUACUUGCAUUAAUCACAAUUUUUGAGUG